ACGACACUAAAUCCGGUAUGAAAUGUCUCAAAAGACCUUGUAGCAUGCACCAUAGGAAAGUGAAAGUUAACAAGUAAAACAUACAUCAAAGUCAACAACAGAGGAAACAGCUCCACCGACUGCACACACUGAAGCUAUGGGAGGAAAGAAGUCUAAACCUCGAGUGGAGCCCCCUUCACCGUUGUUUGAUAAAGGAUGGCGGGAUGUACCAUGGAAUGACAAAGCUAAAUAUCUAGAGAUUGUGAGGUGUUUUGAGCCUUUUAAGCCUCGUAAUGAUGAGAAGAAUGAAGAUCAGCAUAUUAGAAUUCUGCUUCAUGGACCAGUUGGUCACGGCAAGUCCAGUUUUAUCAACUCUGUGGACACCGCCUUACAAGGCAGAGUGACUGGACGAGCUUUGACGGAUACAAUUGUAGGAAAUUCCUUCACCAAAAAGUACACAACAUACAAAAUUACAAAAGGAGCACAUGGGACCUUUUACCCAUUUGUCUUCAAUGACAUUAUGGGCCUCGAGAAGAACCAAGGAGUUCGUGAGGAGGACAUCAAACUAGCCAUGAUGGGACAUGUCAAAGAUGGAUACACGUUUAAUCCAUACUCCACAUUAUCCAUAGAUGAUCGAUACUACAACACAAACCCCAGUCUGAGCGACAAAGUACAUGUUCUGGUUUGUGUCGUCUCUGCCUCUGAAGUACAUUUACUGGAUGAUGAUACUGUGAAGAAGAUGAGGAAGGUGAGGCUGGACGCUAGUGAUAUGGGGAUUCCGCAAAUAGCUAUUCUCACCAAAAUUGAUGUAGCCUGUGAUGAGGUUGAUGCAGACUUAAGAAAAGUCUACAAAAGCAAGUAUGUGAAAAGACAGAUGGAGAUUCUGAGUGCAUCACUGGGUAUUUCACUGAACUGCAUCUUUCCUGUGAAGAACUGCAACACAGAAAUCACUCCAAAUGAUGACCUUGAAAUGCUGAUACUGAUGGCAUUGAAACAGAUGAUCAACUUUGGAGAAGAUUUUGUGAACGACUAUAAAUGCACAUGAGACAAACAUUGCUUCAACUCAUCAUGAAAAAGAAUCAUGUCAAAAGUUGAUUUUGUAGUCACAUGCUGUGGGAAACAGAUUUAUGGCUUCAUUUACAGUUAUCUCUUAUAUUAUACCUGAUAACUCAAGCAGAAGUGCACUGGUUUUUCGCAGAUUUUUAACUAAACUUGUAAACGUAAAUAUUGAGACAAACUUCGCUUCAGUUCAAUGUGAAAAUGAAUUGUGAAAAAUUCAUAAUGUAGUCAUAUGCUAUGGGAAACACAUGUAGGCCUUAGUUUACAGUUACAGUAUUAUACCUGAUAAAGCAAGUAGAAGUGCACUGGUUUAGUGGAGAUCCUUAAAUUAGUUAAAACUAACAUUAAAAAAGACUCAAUAUUUCAUAAUAUAAUACAUUGCUUUGCAAACUGUUUCUUUUUAACGUUACUUUCAUAUACUUUAGGAUCAUCUCUUCGAAUACAUAUUAAUGUCAGCUGAAAUGAUAAAGUGCUAUGAACUUGUGCAAAUAAAAUAAAAAUACAUUGUGACCAAAUGUGUGAAAAUCUUGGAUUAUUUAAU